AUGGCAGAUCUGCUGCAAGAGGUUCCCGAAGUCGUCAAUAAGUGCGAGCAGUAUCAGACACUCUACCCUGGGCGCAAUACCAUACAGCUGUGCGUCAACGAUAUCUACACCAAUCUUCUUAUAGCUCUGGAGAAGAUAAUCGACUGGUAUAAGCAGUCUUCCUGGAAACACGCCAAAGACAGUCUUUUGAGGAACAGUAACUACGGGAAAUGGAUCGAUAAGUGUGUUGAUAACAUCCGGCAGUCUAGGAGUCGCUUCACGGAGGAAACCCAGUUGUACCUAGCUUGGUCUCAAAAAGCCACACUCUCAACAGCGCUCGAGCUCAAUUCUCGAUCCCAUGAAAUGAACGAAAACAUAUACCGCGUCGACGAACAUGUUGGACAAGUCAGCGAUGGCAUUAACGCUCUCAAGGAUCAUUUCGAUGACGUGAUCAAGAAUGCUAAGUACAAUCUCAAGGAAGAACUGAAACGGGAACGAUUGAGCUUAGAGAACUACAGUAAGUUUGAACGUAUUUCUCCAUCGCCGCGAACUGACCCGCGCUUAGAGCGAAGGAUAAGCGAGCUCGAGGAGCGAGUCGCAAAGACGGCGCUUACUCCGAAGGAUCUUAUGAAAGAGCUGGACCUGGACCGAUCUGAGCAUACACAUGUACCAGAGGUCUCCACGGUACUCAAGGAUGGGCUGAACAGUCCAACAAAGUAUCAGAAUCGCGCAGGCUGGGUAGGAAACACCGCCGAAUUCCGAAAUUGGCUAGGCGGGCUAGACAAGUCUCAAAUACUGUGCAUUCAAGGCCAUGGCGAGUUCGAGAAGACUUCUCCGCUGAGCUUCCUCAUCGCGCUUCUCUACGAGAAACUGGAAAGGACGCCGCGCACACUCGUUCUCCCAUUCUUCUGUGGACUCAGCAGAGUGCGCUCUGGGCCAGCAAUCAUGCUGCGGGCAUUUUUCGUCCAACUGCUCGCUGCAUGCAAUGCGCACGGAGCAACGGACGAGGAAGGACUCCCUCUACUUUCUUUUUUGGGCCACGAUGACGUGGCGAACAUGGAAGACAUGUGCUUGGAAACAUAUCAAAAUGCGGUAGUACAGCUGUUACGCGAGUUGCGGAGGGAGCAUAAAGCGAUUUUCAUCCUCAUCGACGCCGUCGACUUCUACGACUCAGACUGGGGGGACGAGAUGGAUGAUUUCAUGAAGAACAUGAGAAAGCUGGUGAGAUCGUCCAACAAGGCAGCGGACGGAACGUCGGGUGGUGUUCUAAGGGUUCUCGUAACGGCGUCAACAUGGUCGAAGCGGUUUUCGACUCCCAAGAAGCCGAUGGUCCUGCUUGAUCUGCCCGAGCAUCUGGAUGGGUCGAUGGACGGGUUCGAGAGGUUUACGUAG